AUGGCAGAUCAAGAGCAUGAAUUGGAGCGAGUAAGCUCAGAGCUCGAAGACCUGCGUGGAAACAUGGGGCAGGUCAUGGAAAUAUUACAAGUCAUCAGGGCAAAGUUAGAUACCCAAACAACGGUUGUUUCCGAAAUCGCAGGUCCAUCGAUUGAACCCCAACCUGCGAGGGCGGUACCAACCACCUGGCCAACCUAUGGUUUACCUCCCGGUUUCACGCCUACAGUUGAAGGCGCACCUGGUUUUGCACCAUCUGCUCAGCAGACAGCUCCUCUACCGACCAUCAAUGAAAACCGUCCAGUGGUUCACACGUUCGCACCUCCUCUCGUCCGGGCACAUGUGCAACCUUACUUUGAGGAUCAGCAACAUGCUCCAGACUUUUCAGAUGAAGAUGAGGAAAGGCAGGAAGACCUAAGAGGGAUGAAGGAGAAUUACCAGAUGCUUGAGAAGAGAUUGAGGGCCAUGGAGGGCGACCAAGUUUUUGGUGCUACAGCUAAGGAAAUGUGCUUAGUGUCGGGUCUUGUGAUUCCUGCGAAGUUCAAGACCCCAGAUUUCGAUAAGUAUGAGGGCCACUCGUGUCCUAAGAGUCACCUCAUUAUAUACUAUCGAAAAAUGGCUGCGCAUCAUAUUGUGCGGGACCUGGUUGAAAAGAAGAUUCUGUCGUUUCGAGACGUCGGACCCAAUGUCAAGAACAAUCCUUUGCCAGCACAUGGGGAUGUUAAUGCCGUCGAAGAUGCUUCUGAUGUGUGUGUAAUCAAGAAUGUGGAAGAGGUUAAAACUCUGUUGCUAGCGCUUCAUGCAGGAUUGGUGAGGGCUAGAUUGAUUGAUACCUGUCACGAUAGUUGUGAGGAAUGUGCCAUUCAGCCGAAAGGAUGUAAAGUGGUACGAAAUGACAUUCAGAAUUUGAUGAAUCAAGGUGUUUUACAAAUUUCUGGUCCACCAAUUAAUGAGGAAAUUUCGGUCAUUGAACCUGUCUUUAACAUACCAGAACCAUUUGAGGUGACUUAUCACAGGAGAGAUGCUGUUCACCCAUCACCUGUAGUAGUUUGCAUGCCUACCCCAUUUCCUUUUGAAAGUACCAAAGCAGUACCCUGGAAGUACGACAUAACGGUGGUAGAUGGAGUGGUAGAUGGAAAACCUGAGGCCACUGAAAGUAAGGAAGGUGUGGAGAAUGUUGACGCCGACAUCACUAACAUCGCAGGGACAAGCAGGAUGACCCGUAGUGGUCGGAUUUAUACUCCCAAUUUUGAUGUGAACCCUCAAGAGCCAACAAGGGGAGCUGCAAAUGUAAAUCCUACCCCAGAACAGGGAGGGGCACAGUCGGCUGUGCAAACAGAUGAAGCAAAAACCUCCUUUCAAGCCCUAGAAAUAUCCAAUGCUACACUUGAAGAGGUUAAGGAUCCUGUUGAGAAAGCUAGUUUGUCAUUCGCUUCUUUGAAGAGCGCAAAAUCAGCAGUUGAAAGUGGAGGCCCUGCAGGUUGGGGGCAAUUGCUACAUGAAUAUGUAGAUGUAUUUGCUUGGUCGUAUCAGGAUAUGCCAGGUUUAGAUACUGACAUUGUUGUCCACAAGCUACCACUACAGCCAGAUUGUCCGCCAGUGAAGCAGAAGCUCCGAAGAGCAAGACCUGACAUGGCUCUAAAGAUUUGUGACGAGGUGAAACGUCAAUUUGAUGCCGGUUUUCUAGCAGUUGCAAAGUACCCUCAAUGGGUAGCCAACAUUGUGCCAGUACCCAAAAAGGAUGGCAAGGUCAGGAUGUGUGUUGAUUAUAGGGAUUUAAACAAAGCUAGUCCGAAGGACGAUUUCCCCCUGCCACAUAUUGACACUCUGGUAGACAACACUGCUAGGUUCGCAGUCUUCUCCUUUAUGGACGGAUUCUCGGGUUACAAUCAAAUUAAGAUGGAUCCAGAGGACAUGGAAAAGACCACAUUCAUCACCCCUUGGGGAACAUUUUGCUACAAGGUAAUGCCAUUCGGUCUCAAAAAUGCUGGGGCAACUUACCAAAGAGCAAUGGUCACUCUUUUCCAUGACAUGAUGCAUAAGGAAAUUGAGGUUUAUGUGGAUGAUAUGAUUGCAAAAUCUCAAAGUGAAGAGGAUCACAUAUGCCACUUACAAAAGCUAUUUGAGCGUCUUCGGAAAUUUCGACUACGACUGAAUCCUGCUAAAUGCACCUUUGGUGUCCGGUCUGGAAAGUUGCUCGGUUUCAUUGUUAGUCAAAGAGGAAUUGAGGUGGACCCCGACAAGGUCCGAGCUGUACAAGAGAUGCCUGCUCCACGCACCGAGCGAGAGGUUAGAGGCUUCCUGGGACGUUUGAAUUAUAUCUCAAGGUUUAUCUCACAUAUGACGGCCACAUGUGAGCCUAUCUUCAAAUUGCUUCGAAAAGAUCAAGCAGUUGAAUGGAAUUCUGACUGCCAAAUGGCUUUUGAGAGAAUCGGACAGUACCUGCAAGAGCCCCCUAUUCUAAUUCCACCUGUCCAGGGGAAACCACUCUUUAUGUACCUAACUGUGCUUGAAAAAUCAAUGGGAUGUGUGUUGGGACAACACGACGAAACCGGUCGAAAGGAACAUGCUAUCUAUUAUCUGAGUAAGAGGUUUACCGAUUGUGAAUCCCGAUAUUCACUCUUAGAGAAAACUUGUUGCGCUUUAGCAUGGGCCGCUCGUCGUCUGAGACAAUACAUGAUUUGCCACACUACUUUGUUGAUCUCAAAAAUGGAUCCAAUAAAGUAUAUCUUUGAAAAACCUGCUUUGACUGGAAGACUCGCCCGUUGGCAGAUGUUACUAUCUGAGUAUGACAUCCAAUAUGUAUCUCAGAAAGCCAUUAAAGGGAGUGUGUUGUCUGAUUACCUGGCAAACCAGCCCGUUGAAGAUUACCAGUCGUUGAAGUUUGACUUCCCGGAUGAAGACAUUAUGGUAGUGAAAGACUGUGAAAUCCCAGGACUUGAUGAAGGACCUGAACCCGGAUCUCGGUGGAAGCUCAUGUUUGAUGCAAGGUUGUGUUUUGAUUGCACGAACAAUAUAGCAGAAUAUGAGGCGUGCAUCCUAGGCAUUGAAGCAGCCAUUGAUCUCCGAAUCAAAAUCCUUGAAGUAUGUGGAGAUUCAGCCUUGGUGAUAUACCAAGUCAAGGGCGAAUGGGAAACCCGUGAUACCAAGUUGAUCCCGUAUCGUGCCUAUGUCAUGGAACUAAUAAAAUACUUUGACGAAAUCACUUUCCGUCAUAUCCCGAGAACUGAGAAUCAAAUUGCUGAUGCUUUGGCUAUGUUGGCUUCAAUGUACCAAGUUAGAUUCCAUAAUGAAGCACCUCUCAUUCAGAUCGAGCGGAAAGUUGAGCCUGCCUACUGCCAGUCAGUUGAAGAGGAGGUUGAUGGUAAACCAUGGUUUCACGACAUCAAAUGCUUUUUGCAAAAUCAAGAAUAUCCAACAGAUGCCACAACCCUCGACAAGAAAACAUUGAGGAAGUUAGCAUCCAAAUUCUUCUUAAGCAAUGGUGUAUUGUACAAGAGAAAUCACGACAUGAUUCUGCUCAGAUGCGUGGAUGGACGUGAAGCGGACCUGUUGAUCAAGGAGAUUCAUGAAGGAUCCUUUGGAACUCACGCCAAUGGGCAUGCCAUGGCCAAGAAGAUUUUGAGAGCUGUAAAUGUUUUGACGUCACCUUGGCCUUUCUCAAUGUGGGGCAUCGACAUGAUUGGCGCCAUCGAGCCUAAAGCUUCCAAUGGUCACCGCUUCAUCCUGGUUGCCAUUGAUUACUUUACCAAAUGGGUAGAAGCCGCCUCUUAUGCUAAUGUGACAAAGCAAGUGGUGGCACGGUUCCUCAAGAAAGAGAUCAUUUGCCGUUAUGGAAUUCCAAGUCGGAUCAUCACAGAUAAUGGGACUAAUCUGAACAAUAAGACCAUGAAAGAAUUAUGCGAGAGCUUCAAGAUUGAGCACCAUAAUUCUUCACCAUAUCGUCCAAAGAUGAACGGCGCUGUUGAAGCCGCUAAUAAAAACAUCAAGAAGAUUUUGGUAUAUGGGAUGGAAGCAGUUCUCCCAAUUGAAGUAGAGAUACCUUCAAUGCGAAUCUUGAUGGAGACCAAGCUAGAAGAGGCUGAGUGGAUUCAAAAUAGAUUUGAUCAGUUGAACCUCAUAGAUGAGAAACGAUUGACUUCUUUGUGCCAUGGACAAUUAUACCAGAAACGACUUAAAAGGGCUUUUGACAAGAAAGUACGUGUUCGGGAAUUCAGAGAAGGAGACCUCGUGCUUAAGAAGAUCUUGCCAAUACACAAGGAUUCACGUGGGAAGUGGACUCCCAAUUAUGAAGGCCCAUAUGUUGUGAAGAAAGUUUUCUCCGGAGGUGCCUUGAUUCUCACAACUAUGGAUGAUGAAGAGCUCUCACACCCCGUGAACUCUGAUGCAGUUAAAAAA